AUGGCUGCCCCAGUAUUUUUAACAUUUGUUGUACCCAUUACUGUACUACUUAUGGGCUUGGGCUGCUUCUCAUCAUCUUCACUACUACUAGCCUUGCCCAUUUCCACUAUUUCAUCUGCACCUUCAUUUCUACCAAUUCCUCCUCUCUCCUCACCUCCAACCUUACCUCCAGACAUCACUCCACUCUUUCCUACCCCUGGUGGUGAUCAUGGACCCUCUCCAUCUCAGCCCUCUUCAAUCCCCACCAUUCCUUCCAGCCCAAGCCCACCAAAUCCGGACCAAAUGGGCUUUGCUCCUGCGCUUAGCAUAGGCUUUGCUCCAUCUGAGCCCACACCAGGUCCAUCCUCAGUUGCCAUAGCCCCAUCUGGCUCUCUGGUUUCAAUCUCGUUCAUGGGUUUUAUGGUUUUCUGGUUACUAUUGCAGCUUUCUGUUUCUAUUUAUCUAUUUUCUUUGUCUAACACUGUUGGUGGGACCGUGAGGUGUAUGGCAUUGUUUGAACUUAGUGAUUUGCUUUGGUUUUCAGAUUCUAGAGAAGUAAUUAUGAAGAGUGUUUACUGCAGUUUGGAUUGUGAAUUAAAUAUUAUAGAAGUUGACUAA